GUGAAAUUUCACCAAGAAGGCUAAAAGGGAAGGCUGGAUUUAUCACUUUAUUUUCACACGCCCCGCCGCAGAAUAAGAGAAUGUGAUUUUCUGACUUUUUCCAAAGCUCACUCAUGUGCUUUGGUGGCGAAAAGAGGCGGCUGCUUAAUUGACUUCGAGGACUUCUUGGCUGCAGAUUUCUACGGCGCCGUGCCAUCGCGGCUCCUUUUGGCGCACCUGAGUCCCCGCUGUGCGGUUUGCGCAACAUGACUUUAACCAAGUUGAAGCACUAAAACGCGCGCAUGUGUUGCGGGUACCGGUGACAUGGCUGCUGAGCUGUCACUGUGGAGGAACCGGAGUCCAGGUGUGAUCAGGUAGAGCUGAUGUGGCCGUUUGGAGGAGCGCACCAGUUUGACGCCAGCCGGGAUUUGACAGCGCGCAGGACUUUGGGAUGCGAGAGAAACCUUAGAGAAACAAUCCUCGUCUUGUUGGACCAGGAUUGAGCCCGGGCUGCCCUGAACCAUGGCCUCUGAGGUGGUGUGCGGGCUGGUCUUCAGGUUACUGCUGCCAGUGUGUCUAGCAGCUGCUUGCCUGUUCAGGUACAAUGGCCUGUCUUUCAUCUACCUCAUCUACCUCCUACUUAUUCCCCUCUUCGCAGAGCCCACAACCACAACGAUGCAGGGCCACACAGGGCGUCUGCUCCAGUCCUUGUGCUUCACCAGUAUGUCCUUUCUGCUGCUCCACAUCAUCUAUCAGAUUACCGUCAACAGCCUUCUGGCCAGGAACUCCAUCAACUCCGGCUUUAACUGUUCCACUUGGGAGAAAUCCUUCAGACAAAUUGGCUUUGAGAGUGUGAUCGGUGCAGAUGCAGGGAAUGGCAUCCGCGUGUUCAUCCCUGACAUCGGCAUGUUCGUGGUUGGCUUGGUUAUCUGGCUGCUGUGUCGCAGUCUGGUCCAGAAGAGACCGCCUGAGGACAUGGCCCAGUACAAUGCUGACUUUGAAGCAGAGGAACAAGAAGAAGAGGAAAAGCUGAGCCUGGAAGAUAACAUCCUGCUAGAUGAGGACUUUGAAGCUGGGUACGAGGCUGAGGAGGAUGAGGAGGAUGAGCACCCGGUUGAGGAGGAAGAGGAGGAGGAGGAGGCAAAGGAAAGCACCAAGAUGAAGAUCUUGCGGAUUGUAGCUGAGGUUGCAUCCAGAGUGAAGGAGAUUAUUGGGAACCUGAUCAGCACUGCAGGACAGGUGGUGGUCACCAUUUUGUUAGGCCUGACAGGCAUGAUGCUACCCUCAUUGACAUCGGCUGUCUACUUCUUUGUUUUUCUGUUCCUGUGCACCUGGUGGUCCCUAUGCCACACAUUUGACAACCUCAUCUUUAGCUGCAUGUGUGUUCUUAUGGCCAUCUUCAGUGCUGGCCACCUCAUUGUCCUCUACCUCUACCAGUUCCAGUUCUUUCAGGAUUCCAUCCCACCAAGCGACAGCUACAUUAGUUUAUUCGGCAUUUCCCCCAUUAUUGAAAGCAACUGCUCCCACACAUGGAAGCUCAUUGUGAGUCCGCAUCUAAAGUGGUACCACUUUGUCAAUCCCAUCAUGCUGCUGAUUCUCUACUACACUCUUGCCACGCUGAUUCGUAUCUGGCUGCAGGAAACCGUCGACCCGCUGAUGGAUAAGGAUGGAGAUAUGAUGGAGGAGGAACAGUGGGAUGUCAGUGGAACAACUAACCCAGCUGAACGGAAGCGGCAGCUGUGGUGGAAAGCACACCAGAGAACAGAUGAGAAAAAUGCUUUGCCAACAUCAAACGGGACAUCCUUCGAGUUUGUCACAACUGAGAACGGACCGGUCAGUCUGGACUUGUACUCCACUCCCCAGUACAAAAUGGACCAGCGCAGUGAUGGUGUAGAGAAGAAGGAUGAGUGUGUGUAUGAAGUAUGUUUGCCCCCAGAGGAACCUGCAUUGGAGAGCAGAGAGGAGCAGUGUGAAGGACGAGGGGAGGACGAGUUGAAGAAAAAAGGAGUUAGCGCUAUAGUCACAGUCUUCCGCUUCAUCAUGAAACAGAGCUACAUAUGUGCUCUCAUAGCCAUGAUGGCCUGGAGCAUCACGUACGUCAGCUGGCUGACGUUUGUCUUCCUGAUGUGGUCGUGUAUGCUGUGGAUGGUUAGAGACCGGAGGCGUUACGCAAUGUUGAGCUCGCCAUUCAUGGUGGCCUACGGCAACUUGUUGCUGGUUCUGCAGUACAUUUGGAGCUUUGAAAUUCUGGAUGAAGUCCCAGGACUCUUCGUCAAGAAGAAUAACCCUUUUCACUCCCUUUCUUCCAAGGUUCUGUGUCUGUUGAGCUUCUGGUUGCUGUUGAGACAAACACUUACAGAGAGACGGGAAAAACAAAGGGAAGCUACCACCGGCCUCUCACACGUUCAUGUGGAGGGGCAUAAGAAGAAUGAGGAAGAGGACUCUAAGGUGGGAGGGGAGCAGGACAUCAUUCAGGUGCUGGGCAACAUGAUCAUGGCUCUGCUGGUCAAAUAUUGGAUCUACAUCUGUGGCGGCAUGUUCUUCUUCGUUAGCUUCGAGGGCCGCAUUGUCAUGUACAAGAUCAUCUACAUGAUGAUGUUCCUCUCCUGCGUGGCGGUCUACCAGGUGCACUAUGAGUGGUGGCGAAGAAUCCUGAAAUACUUCUGGAUGUCGGUGGUCAUGUACACCAUGCUGGUUCUCACUCUGGUCUACACCUUCCAGUUUGACAGCUCGCUGCCUUUCUGGUCCAAACUGUUGAACAUGAACAAAGAGAGUCUGGAGGAUCUUGGUCUGGAAAAGUUUUCCGUUACCAUGCUGUUCACCAGGAUCUUCAUUCCCACCUCUUUCCUACUGGUGUGUAUCCUCCACCUACACUACUUCCAUGACCGUUUUCUCCAGCUCACCGACCUCCAAGCCAUCAUAGCCAAGGAGAACAGCACUAUUUAUAGGCUGGUGCACCAGGACGGCAGCCUGGCUGACAUCACCAUGCUCAGCCCCAGCUCCGUGGAGACGUCGCUGCCCAGGGGGGAGGAGGAGGAGCAAAGCAAGGAGAAGGAGCAGGCUCUGAUGGUGGUGCUGGAUGAUAUUGACAUGACGGAGAUGAAGCCUUUGAGCGUCUCAGACCCGCCUCAUUCCAGCACAGAGGAGAGUCACCAGUGCAGUGCGGGGACGGAGCCUGAGCCCAGCACAGACCAGAGCUCAGAUCUAAAGAAUAAGUGGCACUUGGUGGUCGACCGUCUGACUGUGCUCUUCCUCAAGUUCCUGGAGUAUUUCCACAAACUGCAGCUGUUCAUCUGGUGGCUGUUGGAGAUCCACAUCAUCAAGAUAGUGGCGUGUUAUAUUGUCCUGUUUUCUGUCAAAGAGGUGUCUUUGUUCAACUAUGUGUUCCUGGCGUCUUGGGCCUUUGCUUUGCCUUACAGCCACUAUCGGCCACUUGCUUCCAGUGUUUGCACCGUCUGGACAUGUGUUAUCAUCAUAUGUAAAAUGUUGUAUCAGCUGAAGUCUAUAAACCCUCCAUCCUAUUCCAAGAUAUGUCCUAUGCCAGAGAAUUUCAACGAGAUGCAGAAGAAUGAGCUGAAGGAUUCUCUGCUAUAUAAGGAUCCUGUGGAUCCAGCCAACUGGGUGGGAAUGAAGAAGUGUGGUGAUGACCUUCUGGGCUACCUCAGGAACAACCUCUUGAUGCUGGCCAUUCUGGCAUUCGAGGUGACCAUCUACCGCCACCAGGAAUUCUUCAGGCUGAGGAACAAACUAACACCUCCUGCUGCAAGGAUUAUUUUCCAUGAUAUUACACGGCAACAUUUGGACCUCGGCAUCAUCAGCUUCAUUAAGUACUUCAUCAACUACUUCUUCUACAAAUUUGGACUUGAGACGUGCCUGCUGUUGGUGGUCAAUGUCAUCGGGCAGCGCAUGGACUUCUAUGCCAUGCUUCAUGCCUUUGCCUUAAUAGUGGUCAUGUAUAGGCGAAGGAGGAAAGCAAUCGCAGAGAUUUGGCCCAAAUACUGCUGCUUCCUGGCCUGCAUGUUGACUUUACAGUACUUUGUCUGCAUCGGUAUCCCACCUGCAGCCUGCAAAGACUAUCCCUGGAGGUUUCCAAACUCUACUACAGACUCCAAUGUGGUCAAGUGGCUCUAUGUUCCAGAUUUCCACACCAGGCCUAAUCCAAUGUUUCUUGUCUAUGAUUUCAUGCUGCUGCUGUGCGCCUCUUUUCAGAGGCAGGUCUUUGAUGAUGAGAACAAGGCAGCGGUCCGUCUCAUGGCUGGAGACAACGUGGAGAUCUGCAGAGAUCUCGAUGCAGCAUCCUUCAGUGUCCAUAACCCUGUCCCUGACUUCAUCCACUGCAGGUCCUACCUUGACAUGCUGAAAGUCAUCAUGUUCAGCUACCUGUUCUGGUUUGUCCUCACUAUCAUCUUCUUCACGGGAACCACCCGCAUCAGCGUCUUCUGCAUGGGCUACCUGGUAGCGUGCUUCUACUUCCUGCUUUUUGGAGGGGAGCUGUUGCUUAAGCCAAUCAAAAAGAUCCUACACUACUGGGACUUCCUGAUUGCUUACAACAUCUUUGUAAUCACUACAAAGAACGUUUUGUCUAUCCUAGCCUGUGGUUACAUCAACUCCCUGGUCAAGAACCAUUGCUGGUUGAUUCAGUUGUUCAGUCUUGCCUGCACCAUUAAGGAAUAUAAGACUGAUAUUAGCCAGAAGACCCUGGAGCCUGAUAAGCGCUGUGAACUGCCCAAGAACGAGGCGGGCAUCAUAUGGGACAGUAUCUGCUUCGCUUUUCUGCUGCUCCAGAGACGAGUCUUCAUGAGCUACUAUUUCCUACAUGUGGUGGCUGAUAUCCGAGCAUCACAGAUCCUGGCAUCCAGGGGCGGAGCUUUUCAGGCCACCAUAGUGAAGGCCGUGAGAGCCCGACUGGAAGAGGAGCGCAAAUCUGUGGAGCAACUGAAGCGACAGAUGGAACGCAUUAAGGUGAGACAGCAAAAGUUUAAGAGGGGCAAAGAGAAGAUGCUGAGCAUGGCGCAAGAAUCUGGAGACGGACAGUCCCUCAUGCAGGAUGAUGAUGAUGGAGCACAGCGAACGAAAGCCAAGACCAAAAAAAAGCAGUGGUGGAGGCCGUGGGUUGACCAUGCUUCCAUGGUUAGAAGUGGAGAUUAUUACUUGUUUGAAACUGACAGUGAGGAAGAAGAGGAGGAAGAGGACAAAAAGGAGGAAGAAACACCAAAGAAGUCAGCAUUUCAGCGAGCUAUUGGGAAGUUUGUCUCUGCUGUACUGGCUUUGCCCAAGUCUAUCAUUAAACUGCCUAAAACUGUACUGCAGUAUAUAAUAAAGGCAGGCAAGUUUCUUUAUCACGCCUGGAUCACAGACCCUAAAGCAGCUCUGAGGCAACGAAACAGAGAAAAACGCAAAUUUUGGAAGAAAUACACCAAGGGAGUAAAACACAGGAAAACCAAGAAAGAUUCAGGUCAUGUGGCCAUUGAAGUUGGUGAACUGUCAGACGGGCAAGAAAAGGGAGAGGAGAAGAAAUCUGAUGGUCCAGAUAACAUCAUCAAGCGAGUGUUCAACAUAAUCAAGUUCACGUGGGUCCUGUUCCAGACGACUGUGGACAGCUUCACAAAGUGGAUGAAUGAUGUGUGCAGGGAGUAUGUGGACAUCUCCACUGUCCUGCGUAUUGAGCGCUGCAUGCUGACCAGAGAGGUCAAAAAGGGAAAUGUGCCAUCCAGAGAGAGCAUCCAUAUCUACUAUCAAAAGGCCAUGAGGCUCAACAUGUCCAGGCAGUCCAGCCUGGACCAGCUUAGUGAGGAGGACUCAGGCUCCAGUUCCCAGAGGGGACAAAGGAGGAAAGGAGGCUACCGCAUGGAAAGCCAGGACUCCACUGCCUCUAGAGACAGCAUGUCCAGCGCCUACACUGAGGCCACCAUGCUGUUUUCUCGCCAGUCCACUCUGGAUGACCUUGACGGAAUGCCAGAGUGCGUUCCCAAAACCAGUGAGCGUGCCAGGCCCAAACUGCGAAAGAUGCAUGGCCUUGAUAUGUCCAAUUCAUCAAUGGACAGUGGGAGCAGCUUAGUGUCCAGUGAAGCCACCCAAUGUGUGACGCUCUACUCCAGGCAGGGCACCACAGGCACCAUAGAGGAAGUAGAGGAUGAACAUGAUCAAGGAGAGGAGAAGCAGCAAUCUCCAUGGGAUUUUCAGCGGGUGGAGGACAGCCAAGGAGCUGAGAGCAGCCCCUGGAGUGAUGGAGAACCCGGAGAGAAAGACAAGAAUGAGGGUGAGGUGGGACUGGAGAUACCGGAUGAAAAGGAGUUAGAGGCAGGUGCCUGGGAUUCAUUUGGGCCAGAUGAGGGACCCUCCAUCAGGGUGGAGGAAACAGAUUCUGCCCAGGAAAAGGACUUCAUUACUGAGAAUGAAGACGGAGGACAACUGCAGGAGUACAUGCAAACUGAAAGGCAGUCAGGACUGCUGUGCACUCCAGAUACAGAUGCUUCAAAGACAUCUGAUGCUGAGGUGCCUCCUAGCUACAGCAAAGCAGUCAGUUUUGACCGUCUGGAAAUCACAGAUGAUGACAGUGACAUGGAUAGAAAGAGGUUGAUGGUAAUGACACCAGACAGCCAAUCAGACAGCAGGUCAGACCUUCUUCUGCCCUCUAUGACGACUGAGCUGACUGCCAGCGAACUUCUGCUCAACAAGAUGUUUUAUGACGAAGAGCUGGAAGAGUCUGAGAAAUUCUACCAAAGCCAGCCUCUGAUCCUCCAGCUCUGCUACGCACUGUACAACAUGUUGGUGGCUCACUCGGAAAUGGUGUGCUACCUGGUCAUCAUCAUCAAUCAUAUGGUGUCAGCCUCCUGUGCCACCCUGGUUCUUCCCACCACCAUCUUUCUCUGGGCUAUGCUAUCUGUGCCUCGGCCAAGCAAGCGUUACUGGAUGACCGCCAUCGUCUAUACAGAAGUCACCAUCGUCAUCAAGUACUUCUUCCAGUUUGGCUUCUUUCCCUUCAACAAAAAUGUGAUGGAUAAAAACAAGCCAUAUCACCCCCCUAACAUCAUCGGCGUGGAGAAGAAGGAUGGUUAUGUCCACUAUGACCUUGUCCAGUUAUUGGCCCUCUUUUUCCACAGAUCCAUCCUCAAGUGCCACGGACUGUGGGAUGAGGAUGACCCUAAAGAAAAGAAAGAACCCCUCCAUCAGGUUGAGUCUGAGAAUGAAGGAGGAGACAAAGAAGAAAGAGAGAGUGAGAGUGAACCCACACCCUCAUUCACCCAAGAGAGGAGGGGCUCCAAUCACACCUUGAGAUCCAUAAAUUUUGGAACUUCCACAGAUUCAGAGCAUGUUCAGGUGCAUUAUGCGCAACAGCAGACCUACCAACGCCGCAAGAGCUCGAGUGGAGGUUCUCAUGUUUCUCACCGAUCUCUCCACUCUUCUGGAAGGUCCAAGAGAGGAAGUACCACGUCUCACAACAGCAGUCGGAAAGAUGGCAGCGUGGGUGGCAUCCAUCAGAAGAGCCGUAAACAAAUGAUCAUGGAAAAACUGAGAGAGCAGCUCAUCAAAGGAAAACUUUUCCUUAUAAAGAGGUUUAUGGAGCUUUACAUUCCCCUGCGCCAGUUCUUUUAUAACUUGAUUCACCCAGAGUACAGUGCAGUCACAGACGUCUAUGUGCUGAUGUUCCUCGCUGACACUGUCGACUUCAUCAUCAUCGUCUUUGGAUUCUGGGCAUUUGGCAAACACUCAGCAGCAGACAUCACAUCAUCACUGUCAGAGGAUCAGGUGCCAGGACCCUUCCUGGUAAUGGUACUGAUCCAGUUUGGAACCAUGGUGGUGGACCGGGCCCUCUACCUCAGAAAGUCUGUUAUGGGCAAAGUCAUCUUCCAGGUCAUCCUGGUAUUUGGUAUCCACUUCUGGAUGUUUUUUAUCCUGCCAGGGGUCACAGACAAGCGUUUCAGUGAGAACCCCGUGGCUCAAAUGUGGUAUUUUGUCAAAUGCAUCUACUUCGGCCUAUCAGCCUAUCAGAUUCGCUGUGGUUAUCCGACUCGAGUUCUGGGAAACUUCCUCACCAAGAGCUACAAUUAUGUCAACCUCUUCCUGUUUCAGGGUUUUCGUCUGGUGCCAUUUCUGACAGAGUUGAGAGCUGUGAUGGACUGGGUUUGGACCGACACCUCACUGUCUUUGUCCAGCUGGAUUUGUGUGGAGGACAUCUACGCUCACAUCUUUAUCCUCAAAUGCUGGAGAGAGUCUGAGAAGAGAUACCCUCAGCCACGAGGACAAAAGAAGAAGAAGGUGGUGAAGUAUGGGAUGGGAGGAAUGAUUGUAGUCUUGCUGAUCUGCAUCGUGUGGUUCCCGCUGCUCUUCAUGUCGCUCAUCAAGUCGGUAGCAGGAGUGAGCAAUCCUCCACUUGAUGUGUCCUUCAAAAUCACGAUGGCAGGCUUUCAGCCCAUUUUCACAAUGAGUGCUCAACAGAAACAACUGCAGAAUGUGACGACAAGUGAAUUUGAAGGCUUUAUGAAUCGAUAUUUUGGAAAUGAUGAUGCUUUGCAGUGGUUGGAGGGUUACCUGCCUGAAGAUCUUAUUAUUGCUGAGCUGAAAGGCAGCUCCAACUCCCUGUGGACCAUCAGUCCACCCAGCAGAUCCAAUCUGAUAUCAAUGUUGGAGUCCAAGGAGGAAUUUCCCAUCACUGUGUCUUGGUCCAUGCAAAGGAGCAUCACUCGAGGUGCCAAGACUGAAACAGCAUCUGGAAAAAGAGUGACGCAUCUCAAUAAUGAUACAAAGCAGGAGCUCGUACAGCUCCUAAGGUCAACAGUAAAUAACAGACAUGUGGUCCUAGAAAAUAUUUUCCCUCGUUACCUCCGAGCACCGAGUGACUCCGACGCCAAACCUGUUGAUCAGCUUUAUAACGACAAAGAGAUGAUGAGCAUAACUUUGUCUCUGGAGCGAUCUCACACGACUCCAGAUCAGAUCCAGGAGUGGUGGGUUGUCAACCAGACUGAACUGGGGCCGAUAGAAAAGAGGAGUGCUAAACAAAAGUAUGAAGCAGGGCUGGAGUUGUACGUAUUCAGCGACAAAGUCAGUCCGCCCAGCCUGGGGUUUCUCGCUGGAUAUGGGAUCAUGGGUUUGUAUGCGUCAGUGGUUCUGGUCAUCGGCAAGUUUGUGCGCGAGUUCUUCAGUGGCAUUUCCCACACCAUCAUGUUUGAGGAACUGCCCAACGUGGACCGCAUUCUCAAGCUGUGCACGGACAUCUUCCUGGUCCGAGAGACGGGGGAGCUGGACCUGGAGGAGGACAUGUACGCCAAACUCAUCUUCCUCUACCGCUCGCCGGAGACCAUGAUUAAGUGGACUCGUGAGAAAACUCAGUGAGGGGCAAUAGCGUCUCCAGACACUUCAUUUGGUGAUUCUGGGAGGUUUGGAGGGAUCCAACCUGGCAACCCUCUGAGUGAGCAACAGUUUGACUCACUGUGGCUAAAGGUUCUUCCCUCCGGGGCGGUGAUGCACUGUUAGCUCACCACUAAAACAUGUUUUUGAAUUCCAAACUGGUAUUUUUUACUCUUGACUGGUAAAACCCAGGAAUCAACGUUUGAGCACAAAAUUGCCGGUGCUGUAUUUAUCUUGCGAAACCUGGUUCAGUUUGGCCUCUGGUGGAUAAAUGAGCAGCUGGUGUCAAGUUGGAGAUGCAGCCGUCUUUUAAGACACUUUUACUAAAAUCUAGAUACAGAAGUUUCCAAUCGCUUCAAAAAUAAGUACAUUUUUAAGCCCCCCACCACCACACACACACACCCACACACCCACACCCACCUUGUUCUCCUCGCUGCUUUUACAUUUUUUCCAGUGGCACAUUUGGUGGAGAGAAGCUUAAAGUGGCUGCAGCGUUAAUCUUAAAAGGGUUUUCCACCGCCAACAACAACAACAACAGCUACUACUACUAAAAGGCACAAUCUCACAUUUUCAACCUUCUCCAACUGGAACGAUUGCAUUGUGGGACUGUGCAAUAUUAUCGUUUUGCCACGUUUGGAAGGGCGCGGAUGACGGGCAGAGAGGCCAGUUCUGACAUCACGGGUCACACAAGAGACGCUUCAGAGACAUAACACACACACAAACAUUACUACAGAAUCAUCUUUACAUGCCUUAUUUUGUUUGUAUGAGAAACUGAAACUCUUAUCAACUACAUAUCUUUCUCAGGAAGAGCUGUUCUCACGGUCGUCGUGACACACAAGUUACAACACAACAGAGGAGAAAUGCUUAAGUGGCAUGAAAUUUAUAUUGUUUGGAAAUGCUGUGACAUGAAGCGGUAUUGUUCUCCAGUUUACUGCUGCAGAGGGGAAAUGCGUGAGGCUGAAUGUGAUCGAUCGCAGAUUUGUUGCCAAUCUUCCAGUCUGAAUCGCCUGCAGGUUGGUUCCAGUCGAGACUAGCAGAGGGCUGCUUCUCAAUCAGGGUAACGUGCAUUAAGUGGUAGACUUGUGCACACCACUUGUGAAACUUUCGCUGUUUUUAAAUCAUUGGUGAACACCCACAGCUGUGGAUUCAUUCACAGGGGGGAAGAAACGAGCUCAAACAAAGAAUCCUCUCACAGCACAAAGGGCUCAAAAGUGAAGACACCCUUUGAUCCAAACUAUGCAUCAGAAUUGUAGCAUGAAAGAAAAAAAACUUCAUUAUUGCCAUGACUUUUCAUUACGUGUUGUUCAUAACAUUUUAAGGAACAGGUGACAUUGGAAUGAAAUGUGAAGUUUUACCUGUAAAAGAAAUGUGGUAUGAUAAGAUCUGCAAAUAAACACUUUUGAGUUUUGCAUUUA